UGGGUCCGUAACAAUCCAGAACGGACAGUAAGGUGCGAGGAUGUCGAGCGACGAGGAUAAGCCUCCCGCGCCGCCGGUGCGCCUCACUAGUAACCGCGGCACUGACCGCGGCGAUUCUGUGGCCUCUGUCGAUAUGAGGCCACUGCCUAAAGAACCUGACGAUGGAAGUGAUAGGAAAAAGAAAACAUUGAAAGCUAAAAUAAAAGGGUCUAAAAGUACAGCACAUAAUGACAACAAGCCUAAUAUUAGCUAUCCAACUAAUUUUGAACACACAGUGCAUGUAGGAUUUGAUGCUGUCACAGGAGAAUUCACUGGAAUGCCAGAAGCAUGGGCUCGUUUGUUGAUGGCAUCAAACAUCAGCAAGCAAGAACAGAAGAGCAACCCGCAAGCAGUUCUAGAUGUACUGAAGUGGUACGAUGCGUCUGCCACGCAGCCGCCGCCUUCCAAAUACAUGACCUCCGCGCAAAUGCAUACUACCCAUUCAGGAUCAUCUGUGUCCCGAGUGUCAUCUAGCAGUCCUUCGUCCUCGACGCCUACAGAUACGGAGCAUCCUGAACCACCACCGCCGCCUCCGUCGCGGCCAGAUCGCACUAAGAGUAUUUACACUAAGCCAAUAGAAGAAGAAGAACCUCCGCCGCGACCACCACCCGCUCCAGCGUCACCACCUCAUGUGCCGCAUCCAGCCCUCACUACACAUUCUAUAUGCAGUAGGGCAGAAGUGGGUCUUGUGCCGACGCCUCUAGACCGCAACAAGAACCCCGCGGCCGCGCCUCAGACGCCGCCACCGCACGCGCCAAUCGCGCCACACCCGCCGCCUGCAAAUGGCGCCCAGACUAAUACGGAUACCGGAAGAGCAACUGGGCAACAGCAAAGAAAGAAGAAGAUGACAGAUGAAGAAAUUCUAGAAAAAUUAAGAACAAUCGUUAGUGUCGGUGACCCCAAUAGGAAAUAUACAAAAAUGGAAAAAAUUGGACAAGGUGCAUCAGGAACGGUAUACACGGCAAUCGAGACGUCAACAGGCAUGGAAGUGGCGAUAAAGCAGAUGAACCUCGGUCAGCAGCCGAAGAAAGAGCUGAUCAUCAAUGAAAUCCUCGUCAUGCGGGAGAAUAAGCACAAUAACGUCGUUAAUUAUCUCGACAGCUAUCUUGUCAACGAGGAAUUGUGGGUAGUAAUGGAAUAUCUGGCCGGAGGUUCUCUAACGGACGUAGUAACCGAGACAUGUAUGGACGAAGGACAGAUCGCAGCGGUCUGUCGCGAAGUGCUACAGGCACUGCACUUUCUGCAUACAAAUCAUGUCAUACAUCGCGACAUCAAGUCCGAUAAUAUACUGCUUGGGUUGGAUGGACAGGUUAAGCUUACUGACUUUGGGUUCUGCGCACAAAUAUCCCCAGAACAAAACAAACGAACUACGAUGGUGGGAACGCCUUAUUGGAUGGCGCCUGAAGUAGUUACAAGAAAGCAAUACGGUCCUAAGGUAGAUGUAUGGUCACUGGGAAUAAUGGCAAUAGAAAUGAUCGAAGGCGAACCGCCGUAUUUGAAUGAGAAUCCUCUGCGUGCGCUUUACCUGAUCGCUACCAACGGCAAGCCAGAUAUCAAGGACAAGGAGAAGUUAAGCACCGUCUUUCAGGACUUCCUCGAUCAGUGCCUUGAAGUUGACGUUGAGCGACGCGCUAAUGCGCUCGAACUGUUAAAGCAUCCUUUCUUGAAGAUGGCACGGCCGUUGGCAUCGCUGACCCCCUUGAUCAUGGCGGCGAAGGAAGCGGCUAAAGGUCAUUAGCGCAGGCCUCCGGCGCCCGCAGCGCCCGCGCAUUCUUAGCGCGCUCAGUGCCUACCAUAGCGUACUCAGUACGUACAUUACUACACUCCAUAUUACUUAUACACUACUGUCGUCGAAUUGUGUUAAAAUCGAUACCACUCGAAACUUAAAAUAUCCAAUGUUGUAAUAAUAAACAUGCACAUGUUUAUGUAGUAUGAGAGUUCGAAAUUAUAUAAUUAUCUGAUAAUUAUUCUGGCUGAUUCUUAAUUUUCUCUCAUUUGAUUUUUGACUAAAAGUGAAUAUUUUGUUUAAAACAUAGAUUUAAACUGUCUUUUUUGAAGAUGAACUAAAAUGACAUUUGCAAGGUUGACAGUUUUCGUAAAAUUUUAAAUAGUCCCGUAGUUGUUGUCGACAACUUUGUCGAUAGAUUGUGAAAGUAGGUGAAAUUUUGCCACAAAUAUCUGAAUUUUGAAUGUUACAAACGCUCCAAUGGUUACUAAUUUCAUUAUUGUAUUUUUUAUACUUAUUUUGACAAUUCUAUUAAUAUCAAAAUAAAUUUUUAGUCGUCCACAUUUUAAUAACGACAUGCGGAUUUGAUUACUUAUAUUAAAAUGAAAAACUUUCCUGUGCUAUUUGUAUUUUUAAUAGACAUA